AUGACGGCGGUGUGGAUGGGGAUUGUGGGGGUGGUGCUGGUGGGCUUGGCAGCGCCAGUCACCGGGGGUGAUGGGAUUGAGCGGCUGCUGGAAGCGCAGGAUCGGAUGCGGCUCCGACGUAUGCGACGUGGCGUCAAUGCCGCCCAUUGGUACUCACAGACCUCUACGUACAGCGCCCAGCGUUUUACUGCAGCCGACUUUGCCCUGUUGAAACAGCUUGGCUUGAACCAUGUGCGCCUGCCUGUGGAUGAAAGCUGGGUAGCCAACAGCACGUACGGGUUUGAUGCGCAGCUCUUCGCCGAGGUCCACACCGGGCUGCAGCGCAUCUUGGAUGCUGGUCUCGCGGUCAUUCUCGACUUUCAUGCCACCGAGACCUUUCACGCUAAGCUAAGGGACGGUACCAUCAGCACAGCGACCUUUUGUGCGCUUUGGCGUGGCUGGGCAACGCACCUAGCACACUACUACAGCCCCGAUGUCCUUUUUCUUGAGCUGCUGAACGAGCCAUCCUUUCCCACCGUGGCCCCUUGGGAUGCCAUGGCCCAGGCCCUGACCACCUGCAUUCAUGAGGCACGCACCUGUGUGGCCCCUGAUUUCACCGUGAUUGUGGAUGCCAACCUGCGGGUGAGCGAGAAUGCGUGGAAUACGUACGCCGCUUUGGCCCAGAUGACGCCUCCCGUCAACAAGCGCCAUGUCGUCUACACCUUUCACACCUAUGACCCAGGAGUCUUUACGCACCAAGGUGCCACCUGGGGCUGGUAUGCAUAUCAGAUGCUGCACGACUUGCCUUACCCAUCCACACCUACCAACGUGGCGACACUGGCGGCAGCGGAGACCAACUCAACCAUUCGGAAUCUGAUUGAAUAUUACGGCUCGCUGCAGUGGAAUGCACAUCGUCUCUUCAACACGCUUGCCCCUGCCUUUGAUUGGCUCCGUCAACAUAAUCUGAGUGCUGUCUGCACAGAGUUUGGUGUUUACCGCUUGGUCUCGCCUCCAGCCGCUAUUCCCCGCUGGGCACUCGACGCGGCUGCGCUUCUCGAUGCUCAAGGCAUUGGCAGGCUCAUGCGCUCAUCUUUGUGUGACAUGCGUGUCCUCUUGAUGUCCCGUUUGGGCGACUCUAGGAUCUUUGAUGCUGGCAUGGGAGUGGGCCCGUCCUUGAGCAACGGCAAAGCCCUGAUCAACUCGACGCUCGAUGCACUUGUCCAUUGGGGACAUCAGCAGGAACCCGCCAGCCAAGAUCCCCAUUGUGCUGCACGCAGCGUCCGCCCACGCCGCGCCUACCCCGGUGCCCAACUGGGCGCAGGUGUUUCCUUCAACGCUACCUGGUACAAUGAUACAACCGUGGUGGCUGCCCCGAACCUUUAUUCACCAAUUGCCCCGUCGCCGUUGGGCGUGACACUGCUGAGCCUGAAUGGUAGCGUUGCAGCAGAGGCGGAGCUGCUUGAGCGCAUUCUUCAGGAGGCGAUGGCACGCCACGAAGCCGUUGCCGUGUUCAUUUCACUCAGCCCCAUCCCACCAGACUUCUUGAAAAAUUGGUCCUCCACACCGGAGGCUGGGCCUGGUGUGCUCCCAGUGGCCAAUGUGGCUUCCGCGGCCGAUGCUGACACCUUUUGUGCAUGGCUGACGCAGGCGGCCCUACACAAUGCAGUGCGUCACGACGAUUGUGGCUAUGCCAUGGGUGGUGUUGUGGCAGGUGGCGCUGCAUCCAACGAUCCCGGGCUGCUCUGUGCGUGGUUUAGCCAGCUCGCCUGCACCAACGCAAGCCUGGGUGUGGUGCGCGCCUCGACCGGCUUCACCUUGAGCGACGAGUGCUUUGACUUUGUCGGCCUACCCUUGGAUGACCCGAGAGCGGAUUCAGGAGCCCUCGAUGCGCAAGCAGCAGCUAUUGAUUGGCCCAGCGCGGUGACCGAGGUGCUAGCGAUGACAACAGUCAACUCCUCUACAAUUGCCACAGAAACCCCAUCCCUCGCGGAAGUCCAGACGCUGUGUGCGGCAGGCUCCGACGGCCCCGUGGGCGUCCCGCUUCUGGCUCAGCUCGUGGCACACCUGGCCAAGGUGGACGCGACCGCGUAUGCCACGUACUUGCGGGGGUCAACCUCCUUGUGCUUGGCAUGGCAGGCGGCACUUGGUCUCUCAACGGUCCAGCCAGAUACGACAACUACCAACAGUGCCGCAGCCGUUGGAGGCGACAGCGCAUUUCCGAUUCCAUCAGGCGGUCAGUUGCUGUCCCUUGAAUUCGGUCGGUCGCGCUGCACGAGAAGAUGA